AGUAUGAUGAAGACUUGUAAUUGUAUUUCCUAAAAUAAAUGGGGGCUCAUGUCAUGUAGUCAAAUUUACUUUAUUUGAGUGACUUCAUCAACCACAAGAUAGGGGUAAUAUCAAAUUAAAUUAUAAAGUAAUUUACAUAUGAUUAAACACCAAUUUAAGUAGCCAUAUUUUGUUUGUGUUGUGUACAAGCAAAAACAACCGAAGAAGUCUUCUCCAAUAACAAAAGCAAAUUAUCCCGAGUACCAAAGAUGAACACAUGUAAAGUAAAGUAGAGCAAUUUGAAUUAAGGUUUGGGGUUGGGGCAAACUCGGAAUUUGUGCCUAAAUACCAACGUUUACAUUGGAAACCAAAAACGGUAAAAAUCAACCUACACGCAAGCAGUGUCACCGGCUGUAACCGGUUACCUAACCCCAUUGGCCCAUUUUUUAAAUCUUCAUAAACCCGUUAGUUCUUUCGUCGUUUUGUGUCCCCUGUUUUUUCUUCUCUUCAAUAUAAACUCCACACUCACUCUCCUCUGUUCUCUGCUUCAAAACUCACCACUAAGCUUCUCUUUUACCCUUUUACCCCUAUUUCUCCUACACCAUUGGAUAUCAAAAGGUUAUUUAGGAAAUCUCAGUACUAAGUUCAAGAACCAGAGAAGUUAGGCCGAAGUGUUUGUCGAUUGAGAGAACUUUUAAGUUUCGAGAAAUUUAGAGAUUUUUCAUGGCAAUGUCUGUGGCAACUAAGCUUCAGUCGCCCAUUUGUGAGCCUCGAGCGAUUUUGGGACCCGGCGGUAACAGAGUUAGGGUUUCUGAGGACCCGAAACGCAAAGGAGAGGCCUUGAGAAAACCACAGAAAACGACGACAACGACAGUGACCAGAAAGCCGGUCACGGAAGUGCCGCAAACGGUUGUACGGAACAAUGCUUCGGUGGACAGUUCGUGCUCUUCGGAUUCUUCGUCGAGUGGAUCUUUGGUCAAAACAGUGAGUUCCAAGAAGACCCUGAGGCGUAAAGGGAUGAGGCCGGCGAAAAUUGUACCGGACAGCGUUGAAGUCGCCGGGACUACGUCACCGAAGAUUUUAGGUCCGCCUAAGCGGUGUGACUGGAUCACACCUAAUUCUGACCCAAUUUAUACUUUAUUCCACGAUAAAGAAUGGGGAGUUCCAGUCCACGAGGAUAACAAGUUGUUUGAAUUGCUUGUCUUUUCACAAGCUUUAGCAGAACUCACUUGGCCAGCAAUUUUAAAAAAGAGAGACUUGUUCAGGAAACUGUUUGAAGAUUUCGAUCCAUCAUCAGUAGCACAGUUUAGUGAGAAGAAGUUGUUGUCUUUAAAAGUUAACGGCUACUUAGUCUUAUCUGAACCGAAGCUUCGCGCCGUCGUGGAGAAUGCUAAGCAAGUGCUCAAGGUUCAGAAGGAGUUGGGUUCAUUCAGCAGUUAUUGCUGGGGCUUCGUGAACCACAAGCCAAUAAGGAAUGGAUUUCGCUAUGCUCGUCAAGUACCAGUCAAGUCACCUAAAGCAGAUCUCAUAAGCAAGGACAUGAUGCAGAGAGGGUUUCGUUGUGUGGGGCCAACAGUGAUUUACUCAUUCAUGCAAGUAGCUGGGAUAGUUAACGAUCACCUCUUAAAUUGUUUCAGACACGAGGAAUGCAACUUAAACGUGAAAAAGGAUUUGAAACCUAAAACUGAGGAGGAGCCAGAGAGACCAAGUGAUCAAGUUCUGGAGAAGAAGACAUGUUUAUCUGAUGACUGAAUCUCGACUGAGUUUUACUUUAGUUUCUUACUACUAAUCACACAUUUCCCACACGACUAGAAAAUGAUGAAAAGAGACGUUAGAUUUGUGCAGCUGUAGCUUUAGUUGUGUAUUAUUUACUUUUCCAUAUUUUAUUAAUUUGAAAACAAAUAUCCAUAAUUGUGUUUGAGUACAGCUUGUAGAGGUUUGUUUAAGCAGUACUGUUAAAAUUUGCUAAUUGUUAUGUUCCUCAUUUGGUGUUGUAUAAUAAAAUUUUAAUGUCAUGAAUUUUUCUUAA